UCAUAGCUCCACACUCGAUCAUCGAGUGGGGCGCCUUCCUCCUUCACUUCACGCGCGCUCACUCGGAUUCACUCGGACAUGCGCUGAGGGCAGCUUCGGGAAGCGCACGAUGCCUUGAAAACCUUCAAAUUGUGCGAAAGCCGCCAAAAUGUCCGCAUUCCCAACCAAGCCCAUUGCCAAACUCACCGGCCACAAUGGCAUCGUUCACGCAGUCGCAUACUCUUCUGGCUCACAGUCGUACAUUCUGACUGGCUCUUCUGACCGUACGAUUCGACUCUUCAACCCUCAGAAAGCUCCUAUAACCUCCGUCGCCCCUACCGCAUCGAACGCGUACCCGUCUGGUCUCGUGAACAAGUACAGCGCACACGGCUACGAGGUCCUCUCCAUCGAUGUCAACACAGACAAUGACAAGUUCGUCUCGACUGGCGGUGACAAGACAGUCUUUGUGUGGGACGUACAGACUGCGCAGACGAUAAGGCGCUUCACAGGCCAUGCCGGACGCGUCAACCGCGGUGUUUUCGGCGGAGAGAAGGACAGCAUCAUUGCGACAGGAAGCUUCGACGGCACGGUCAGAAUCUGGGACUUGAAAUCUAACGCAUACAAGCCCAUCAUGACACUCGGUGACGCCAAAGACAGCAUCACUGAUGUGGCCGUUCACGAUGCAGAAAUCCUGGCUGCGAGUGUUGAUGGCAGGGUCAGAAGCUACGAUCUCAGAACUGGCAUGUGUCAGGCUGAUGUGAUUGGUUUUCCAUGCACGAGUCUGGACGUCUCGAAGAAAGGCACGGAGAUGCUGGUCAGCUCGCUGGACUCGACCAUUAGAUUGAUGGAUCGAGGGAACGGAGAAAUGCUUAAGGCGUACAAAGACGAAGCAUUUGUGAACAAAGAUCUGAGGGUCAGAAGCACGCUAGGGCUGAAUGACAGCGUUGUGCUGAGUGGCAGCGACGACGGCAUGGUCUUUGCAUGGGACAUUAUGGGAGAAGAAUGCAUGCACCGUUUCAAACACUCUGAGAUGCGCGAGGUGCAUGGCAAAAGAGCGAUGGUACAGCCAGCUAGCAAAAAGGAGGUUGUUUCGGCUGUAGCUUUUUGCAAGACGAGGAGAGAAUGGGUCAGUGGUGGAGGAGACGGCAAUGUCAUUGUUUGGGGAGUGUGAUGAUUUCGUCAGAUAUCUGAUAGACCCCCGCGACAACCACGAUUUUCGAAUACUGGCACUGAUCCUCGGGAACGCGUCGACACAUCCCAUCAGCU